CAGUAAGCACUGUUUAGCCAGUCGGCUAAAUUCCAAAAUAUUGUUUGGACGAUCCCAUACAGACUACAGUUAUUUACUCCGCUAACCCGAAACUCCGCUAACCUAAAAGGUUGACCCGAAGAAAAAGCUAAACACAACUGCAACGCAACUGAGGUCGAGUGUUGGGCUAGUAUACCAGAUUCAUCAUGGGCCAGACGUUGUCGGAACCGGUGACCACCAAGGAUUCGGCCUGUUGCGCAAAUGCCGCGUAUCGCGUGGGCUCCAGUUGCAUGCAGGGAUGGCGCGUGGAGAUGGAGGAUGCCCACACCCAUAUCCUGUCACUGCCGGAGGAUCCUCAGGCGGCCUUCUUUGCCGUGUACGAUGGACAUGGUGGAGCGGCGGUGGCCAAGUUUGCGGGCAAACAUCUGCACAAGUUCGUGACGAAGAGGCCGGAGUACAGGGACAAUGGCGUGGAGGUGGCCCUGAAGAGGGCCUUUCUAGACUUUGACCGCGAGAUGCUGCACAAUGGAUCGGUUGGGGAGCAGAGUGCGGGCUCUACGGCAGUGGUGGUGCUCAUAAGGGAGCGGCGCCUGUACUGCGCCAAUGCGGGCGAUUCGCGGGCCAUAGCCUGCGUUUCCGGAAUGGUCCAGGCUCUGUCCAUUGACCAUAAGCCCAAUGACGAGGCGGAGACCAAGCGCAUCUUGGCAGGCGGCGGUUGGGUGGAGUUCAAUCGGGUCAACGGCAAUCUGGCUCUGUCGCGAGCCCUCGGUGACUUUGUCUACAAGAAGAACUUGCUGAAGAGCCCCGAGGAACAGAUCGUGACGGCCAAUCCGGAUGUGGAGAUCCGGGACAUCACCGAGGACUGGGAGUUCGUCCUCCUCGCCUGCGAUGGCAUCUGGGAUGUGAUGACCAGCUCGGAGGUCUGUCAGUUUGUCCGCCGGCGCAUUUGCGAGGGCCAGGAGCCGCAGGGCAUUUGCGAGGACCUGAUGAGCCGCUGCCUGGCGCCGGAUGGCCAUGCCAGUGGUGUGGGUGGCGACAAUAUGACCGUAAUUCUGGUCUGCCUUCUCCACAACAAGAGCUACGAGGAUCUGGUGGUGCGUUGCGGUGGCAAGCGCAAAACCGCCGUGGAAUCUGUGGGCGACAUCAAGGAGGAGCCAGGCGUCGUCAAGGUGGUCUCUCCAUGCUCUCAGGGAUCUGCGAGCACCUCGGCCUCGCGAUUGGGCAUGGGCUUUGGUCUACGCGAUUCGCCAAGGAAGAACCCCAACUCCUAACUGAACAGAUUACUUUUUGUUUUUACCUGUUUCACGUUUUGCGUUUUCACGUUUAUACUCUCACAUUUGGCACAUUAAAACCGGGCUCUCCAAAUUUACAGUCUCUCGAAUCUUUUUUCCUCCGCUAAAACUUAAUAAAUUGUUUCAAUACUGCUGGCA